CAGCACCAGCACCAGCACCAGCAGAAUGGGAAAGAAACCCAUUAAACCCGUUUACCUGCCAGCUGCCAUUUUACUUACUUUUAAGACGUUCUCCGAGUCACCGCCGUCUCUUCUGAAUUUCUUCUUUCACUCAUCCUCAUCGUCGCCGUCGCCGUCACCAUUUCAUCAUCUCUGCCUCUUCAACCUCUGCUCCUAUUUAUGCUUGAUUUUCUAGAGGGAGGAAUUUUUAGGUGAGGCAUGAAUUAUGCAGUGAAGCAGAAGAGAAGUAUACGGAAGCUUGAUCGGAGAAACGCGAUCAAGAACAUCGAUUAUGAUGCGUCGGACUCGCCUUCGACGUCGUCUUCAUUCGACGAGUCAUCGACCCACCGGGGACGAUAUCUGGACCCGCGCCAGCUGUCUGAGCGGACUAGCUUUAGAAUUGAAGGAAUUGAAGGCGAGUUUGAUCUGAUUUGUCGGUCGCUAGGGCUUUCUGGACCUGACGAUUUCUCGAUUCCGGUCGCCGCUUGGGAAGCUAGUAAAGUUUCUUCUCCUUCUGCCCAAAUUAGGAGUUCCAGGUUCCGUGGUAAUUUCGGUGAUAACGAUCAGUUAGCCGAGAGUUUUUCUGCUACGGUCGGUCUUAGAGAUCAGCUUAAGUGCGACAGCGACUGUGCCGAAUUAGCUAAAAUUGAUGCUAUUGUUGGUAAAACAAGUAAAAAAGAUGAUUACGGAGAUGGUAAAUUGCUCUACUUGAAAGUCGCCGGAAGGGAUGGUUGUGGAGAUGAUAAUUUGUACAAUGAAGUUAUUAGAGGUCUCAGGCCGCCUAAAUUGGCUCCUCCGCCAGUUGUUUCAAGCAGGACUGUGGACAACACUAGUUCAACAUGGGAUUUAUUCAGGGCUUUUGGUCCUCCGGAUGAUAGGGGUUUAAAUGGCUCUAAGCAGAGUAAGGUGGAGAAUGGGGUAGCGGAUCAAAAUUAUGCUCAGGAGUUGGAGAGUAUGAGCAAUCAGGCUAUUGUUUCAGAAUCUUGUUCGGAUUCGUCAAAUGAUGAAAAUGACACCGAUGAUAAUUCAUUAAAUUUGAUGGCUGAAUCUGUCUAUUGUGUUUCACCAAGUGCUACAUAUAGGCGCAGCAUCAACUCUUGGCAAAAGGGAGAAUUCCUUGGGAGUGGAUCUUUUGGGACUGUCUAUGAAGGCUACACGGAUGAUGGGUUAUUUUUUGCUGUAAAGGAGGUUUCUUUACUUGAUCAAGGAAGCCAAGGGAAGCAAAGUAUUUAUCAACUUGAGCAGGAGAUUUUGCUUUUGAGUCAAUUCCAGCAUGACAAUAUAGUCCAAUAUCUUGGCACUGAGAAGGAUGAUAGUAAACUAUAUAUCUUCUUGGAGCUUGUAACCAAAGGUUCACUUUUAAGUCUCUACCAAAAAUAUAAUCUACGCGAUUCCCAAGUCUCUGCGUACACAAGGCAGAUCUUGAGUGGAUUAAAUUAUCUUCAUCAGCGAAAUGUGGUGCACAGGGAUAUUAAAUGUGCCAAUAUACUGGUUGAUGUGAGCGGCUCUGUGAAAGUUGCAGAUUUUGGGGUGGCAAAGGCAACCAAAUUGAAUGACAUAAAAUCUUGCAAGGGGACUCCAUAUUGGAUGGCUCCAGAGGUUGUCAAUCGAAAAAAUCACGGGUAUGGACUUGCUGCUGAUAUAUGGAGCCUUGGGUGCACAGUGUUAGAGAUGUUAACUGGUCGAAUUCCCUACUCACAUCUAGAAGGGAUGCAAGCAUUGUUCAGAAUUGGAAGGGGUGAACGUCCUCCCAUACCUAAUUCCUUAUCAAGAGAUGCUCAGGAUUUUAUCCUGGAAUGCUUACAAGUCAAUCCUGAUGCCCGACCUACCGCUGCUCAACUUUUGAAUCAUCCAUUUGUUAGAAAGCUACCAUCCGCUUUCCCAAGCCCUGUAUCUCCACACUAUUCUGGGACAAGGCCAUGAUCUCUUCGGAAGCUUAACUUGCUGAGGUAUCAAGGCUAAAACAGUAAGUGAGCCAGGGUCCUCUCACCCGUCGUGGUGCCUGGCUACAAGAUCUGGCAAUGCUUGGAACAUUAUGUGAGAGCUGUCCAUGAACCAGCAAUUCGGUUUUUUUGUCCAAUCCGAUCGUCAGUCAUUGCAAGCCUAAACAGAGAGUAUGCGAGAGAAAGCUACAGUUACAAAGUUGAAUUCUUUGGAUCCAAUGAUUCAUGCUCGAUGCUUCAUCGGCUUUCUUUGUAGGACGAACUGUAAAUACAUAGCGGUAGUCAAGUUUUUGGGAGUUGUACGCGUUCUCAUCUUGUAAACGUGUAGAUACGUAUGUGAGGUGUAUAAAGGAUCCCAACUGUUUGGAUAGCAAAUUGUUUACAUAAUUUUAUUUAGUUGUAUCAUAAACACUUUUUUUAUCGCUUUUUUUUUUUA